CACUAUAAGUCUACAGAAAAGUGUCAAGGCUCUUCCUCUGAGUUUAAAGCCAUUACUGUUUCCUUUCUCUCUACGCGUUUUAUCUUUCUCUUCAGUCUUUUCAUUAUCUUCUCUCACUUUACUAUAUAUAGUAAUAUUCUUGUUUUGAUGUCUUUAUUGAAUUUUCCGUCAAAAACAGUAUAGCCCGUGGCAAUCCACCGAUCAGUUUAAUCGUCAGUUUCUAUCAAAUUUUGGGUAUAAUUCUAAAAAGGGUGAUUAAUGGCUCCGAGUAUUAGGAAGGCAAUUGGUGCGGUCAAAGAUCAAACUAGCAUAAGCCUAGCUAAAGUGACCGGCAAUGUCGCUCCAGACCUUGAAGUAUUGGUGGUGAAAGCAACCACUCAUGAUAAUGAUCCAGCAGAUGAGAAAUAUAUUAGGGAGAUUUUGUACUUGACCUCUAAUUCUAGAGGAUAUGUGAGUGCUUUUGUUUUUGCAGUAUCGAAGAGGUUAAGUAAAACUCAUGAUUGGGUUGUGGCGUUGAAGGCCUUAAUGCUUGUUCAUAGGCUGUUAACUGAUGGAGACCCCGUACUUGGGCAAGAAAUCAUGUAUGCAAGUCGGAGAGGGAUGAGGAUUUUGAAUAUGUCUGAUUUUCGUGACGAAGCUCACUCUAACUCCUGGGAUCAUUCCGGAUUCAUUAGGACUUACGCUGUUUACUUAGAUCGGAAGCUUGAGUUUACAGUCUAUGAUAGGAAGAUGAAUGACGUUGAUGAGAAAAAGAGGUUUGAAGAUGGUUAUGGGAAUGACAGGGAAGAGAAAAAGAGGUUUGGAGAUGGUUAUGGGAAUGAUAGGGAAGAGAAAAAUGGUGUGACACCAGUUAGAGAAAUGAAGCCCGAGAGGGUUUUAGAGAGGUUGAAUCAAUUGCUUCAGCUUCUUGAUAGGUUCUUGGCUUGUAGACCGACUGGAGCAGCAAAGAAUAGUAGGAUGGUGCUGGUGGCACUGUAUUCUCUUGUGAAGGAGAGCUUCACUUUUUAUGCCGAUAUUUGUGAGGUAUUACAGAUUUUGUUAGACCGCUUCGGGGAGAUGGAGUAUGCUGAUUGCGUCAAGGCGUUUGAUGCUUAUGUUAGUGCAGCAAAGAUGAUCGAUGAGCUCGUGGGGACUUACAAUUGGUGCAAGGAUACUGGGAUUGCAAGGUCAUCCGAGUUCCCGGAAGUGCAGGUCAUCACUGAUAAGCUUUUGGGCACGCUAGAGGGAUUCUUGAGAGAGAGGGCAAAUAGGCCAAGAAGCCCUGAGAUAAAUAGAGUGGAGAGUUCAUCAGCAGUUAAAGAGGAGAAAACACCGGAUAUGAACGAAAUCAAAGCUCUCCCCCCACCCGAGAAUUACUCACCACCACCUCCUCCUCCUCCUCAACCUGUACCUCAGCCAAGGCCACAUACUCAACAGCAGGUAACUGAAGACUUGGUGAAUUUGAAGAAUGAUGGAGUGACAGCUGAUGGUGAGGGCAAUAAAAUGGCAUUAGCCUUGUUUUCUGGACCGGUAGCCAAAGGAAAUGGCUCCUGGGAAGCAUUCCCGUCUGAUGGAGAGACUGGACAAGUAACUUCAGCUUGGCAGACACCAGCAGCUGAGAUUGGGAAAGCUGACUGGGAAUUAGCAUUGGUAGAAACUGCCAGUAAUUUGUCUAAGCAGACGGCUGAUUUAGCAGGUGGUUUUGAUUCGCUGUUGUUAAACGGAAUGUAUGAUCAGGGGACCGUGAGGCAGCACGUGAGCCAUACUCAGGAGACUGGUGGGAGUGCCAGCAGCGUGGCAUUGCCUGGAGUGGGAAAGAGCGCAAAACCUAUGCUCGCUUUGCCUGCCCCUGAUGGAACAGUCCAACCAGUAGGGAAUCAAGAUCCAUUUGCUGCUUCCCUUGCAGUGCCACCUCCUUCGUACGUCCAAAUGGCAGAACAGGAGAGGAAACAGCAUUUGUUAAUGCAGGAACAACAGCUGUGGCAGCAAUAUGCAAGCAACGGGAUGCAAGGCCAAAUGGGUUUGUCUAGACUUGCUGGAACUACGGGCUACUAUGGCGCGGGAAUGCAACCAUCAAUGCCUUAUGGGAUGCCACAAGGUGCUGGAAUGGGACAGUCAGCAGGAUAUUACUUUACUCCUCUCUGAAUCGCCUCUCGGGACAUGUGCUUUUGCUACAUUGCAGUUUUUAUUACAUGCUACAAUAUUAUCCUUUCUUGAAACUUGUUAUUAGCUCCUCCGCAAUACUAAGUUGUGUAUUCUGACAUUUUUGCGAAAGUGAGUUGCUUAUAUGGAGAUAGCCAUAAUAUGGCUUAUCAGCAAUGAAAUCAUACAAUAAGUAAUCUUUUUAGAUCUA